CUAUCUUUUUCAAUGUAGUAAAAUUGUACUAUCAACCCCACCAAUUGUUUCCAUUAAAACUUCAAGUAGUGGUAUUUGUCAGGGCCAAACAACUUGAAAAAAAGUACAUAAUAAUUUGAUAUAAACCAAAAACCUCAAAUACAGAACACAAGCUAUCUUUUCAGAGAACAAAACCCAGGUGAUAUUUGUCGGAAAUAAAGAACUUAGAAAGAUAUUGUAUCAUUGGACAUAAACUAGACCCAAAAGAGGAAAUGGGCCCUUGAGUCUCAAAAUGGACACACUGUCCACCAUCGGUAGGUCAGUGUCCACAAGACACACAACUCCCAUAUAUAUAUACUUCAUAAACAGAGAGCCAUAGGAUCUCAUCAAUUUACUAUCUUUCAAACUUUGGAGAAAGGAUGAAUACGUUACCAGAAGCAUGCGUGGCGAACAUCCUCUCCUUCACAACCCCUGCCGAUACGUUCUCCUCGGCGGCUGUCUCUUCAGUUUUCAGCGUAGCCGCAGAGUCUGACUUCGUCUGGGAGAAGUUUCUACCCUCCGGUUACAGCCGCCUCAUCUCCACAUCUACGACUCGUCGGCGGAAAUUCUCCUCUAAAAAGGAGCUCUAUCGACGUCUCUGUGAAUCAAUUCUCAUCGAUAAUGGCAGAAAGAUAUUCAAGAUCGAUAGGCUUUCUGGAAAGAUAACGUAUGUUCUGUCGGCAAGAGAUCUUUCCAUAACUUGGAGCGAUCAACGACAUUACUGGUUUUGGAGCCGUCGAGCAGAUUCAAGAUUUUCAGAAGCGGUCCAGCUUAUGGUAACGAACUGGUUAGAAAUCAAGGGAAAGAUUCAGACGGGAGCUUUAUCUCCGAACACGAGCUACGAAGCUUAUCUGAUCAUGAAAGUGACGGAACGAGCGUACGGACUAGAGCUAGUUCCGGCCGAGACUUGGGUGAAAGUGGGAAACGGUAAAAAGCAAAUAAAGUCGAGUUAUCUAAGUCGCUUGAGUAACAAGAAACAACAGAUGGAAAGGCUGUUUUACGGACAUAGAGUGGCCAAGAAGGACGAGGCUUUUGGAUCUCGACGGAGGGAGCCGAGGGUUAGAGAUGACGGGUGGAUGGAGAUAGAGAUCGGAGAGUUCGAGACGGGACGAGAAGGUGGUGGUGAUGAUGACAAGGAGGUUGUUAUGAGUCUGACCGAAGUUAUAGGCUAUCAGUUGAAGGGUGGGAUUGUAAUUGAUGGGAUUGAGGUUAGGCCUAAACCCUCAAAAGUGAGUGCCGAAUAUUUUGGGUUAAGCUGAUAAAUCGUACGAAGAGGGAACGUUUCUGUUGGUCAGUGAUACAACUGAUUGAAUCAUUCGUUAUUAUUGAAUAAUUUGAAUCGAGUCUUAUUUGAAUAUAUGACUUGUCAUCUGACAGAAAAAUAAAAGAAAUAUUGUAACAAAAAAGUUCAUUUCGUUGACAUGUUUGGUCUGCA